AAAAAUGAGAAUUAACAAUAAAUAUAGUUAAAUCUAAUAUCUAAUGAAGAUCAAAAGAUGGCUAACUGUGAUACAAACAAUUGUUCCAUAGCAAUAGAUGUUGAAGAUGAUCAUGUUUCAAUCAAUAUGCUUGAUGAAUCCGCUGGACAGAAUGCAUGUGGAGAUAAACCUUCAAACAUAUCUCCAAAAGGAAAGGGUGACAAUGAGCGGAGUGUAGGAGGGUCCCUGGGAGAUCCUCUGAACAAUCCCUCUAAAGAUUUGAAAGGAGAAAAAAAUCAGCUUCUCCCUCCUUACUCUCAAUCACCUGUAAAAGAGUUGAAAACUGACAAUGCAGGGAAAGAGACUCAAUUAUUUGAAAAGAAGCCUGAUGUUAAUACACCAUCAGAUAAUAUACUGAAAGCAUCUGAACCUCAACAAGGAUAUCCUGGAGGCUAUCCACAAGGAGGAGGUUAUCCACAAGGUGGAGGUUAUCCACAAGGUGGGGGAUAUCCACCACCAGGAGGAUAUCCACAAGGAGGAGGUUAUGGCGGAGGAGGAUAUCCACAAGGAGGAGGCUAUCCCGGGGGGAGGAUAUGGACAAGGAUAUCCACAAGGAGGUUACGGUCCCUAUCCUCAGGGUGGUUACCCCCAACAAGGCUAUCAGCCAAAUCAAAAUAUCGGCCCCUAUCGUAUGGCUCGACAAGAUGGAUUCUAUGAUGAAGAAACGUAUGAGGCUUUCUCCGAUGAAGACGUGAGGAGGGAUUUUGUCAGAAAUGUCUAUUCUGUACUAUCUCUGCAACUGCUAUUCACGACUGCAAUGAUUGCCCUGUUUACAUUUAGCGAUGAGGUACAGGAAUGGGCACUUGACAACCUUUGGGUCAUGUGGGUUGGCAUGGGUGUAUUCCUGUUCUCCUAUUUGGCUCUAGUGUGCUAUGAAAGCGUACGAAGAUCUUUCCCUAUGAACUUUAUAUUCCUUGUUUUGCUGACAGUGGGAAUGUCAUUCAUAGCAUCUUACGCUACCCUCCAGUACGGAACUAGAAUAAUUCUCAUCACCGCAGGUCUCACGUGUGCAGUGUGCAUCACCGUCACUAUUAUUGCAUGUGUCUGUCCGAUAUAUUCUCAAUUGCAAUAUGGCACUACCGGCAAAGAACAACUUGUGCGCCGGCAGUGA